AUGGCGAGCCAGUCGGAUCUCCAGCCUGGAGUCGAGGAGAUAGCCGCAUUCGUGGACGACAGCGUCUUCACUCAGUUGAGCGCGAAACUGGGGGACGCGAAGGAAGGCAACGAGGGAGCACUGGAGAAGAAGCCUCUUCGCAUCGAUAAGUAUUUGAAAAAAUAUCGCGACGCGGGACUCCGGGUCUCUCAGAAUAAAUUUAAGGGAUGCUUGGAGGUGAAGAUUGGGAUCGUAUACGAGCACCCAGACGUGACGGUCGAUCUUGCGGAAACCAUUACGGCCAAGACGGUGAAAGACCUCCUGGCAAAGUUUGUCCCUGAAGCCCGCUCCGGCACGCCCAAGUUGGAUGAAAAUGAAAUGGAGCGAAUCGCGGAGGCGUUCACCAAGGGCCGGUACCUCGGCGAAGCCCACCUCGACCUCGCACAGUAUCUGCGGGACUGCUGGAAGGCCUACACCCCCACAAAGUACAAGGCGCCAUGUGUGGCGGUCGUGCAGAGUUCUGGCUUCGGCAAGAGUCGGAUGGUGCGUGAGCUCGCGAUUGAGGCUCAAAAGAGCGCCUUGAACAUGAAAGUCCUGUACAUGUGUGCCCGUGUGCACGAGUCGACGGGGUUUCCCAAGGCUACGAGCGAGCUUCGUGGUUGGCUGUUUCAAGAAGGCUCCAAAGUGGAAGACAUCGCCAGUCGAUUGAAGACAAUUUACGUCUACGCGAACAAGCAUUGGGCGGACGUUCAGAAGGAAUGGCUGAAGCUGUUUACCGAACAGGCAGCGGACACCUCUGUAAAGGCGAAACUUUCGGAUGAAACAGACACGCUGGAGGGGGAUACCUCCACCGAGAAGAAUCCAAAUGGCAGAAUCGUGGUUCUGGUGAUCGAUGAAGCGAGAAGUCUGCUGGCUGAGAAGGGAGGCAAGAAGAAUGACUUCCGAAUGUUGCGAAAUGCUCUCAGAUCCGUGAACAAAGAUAUCGGCCAUCGUGGAUGCAUUUUCGGCGUGCUGAUUGAUACGAACUCCAGGAUCUCGGACCUGGCGCCUCCGCUGUUGUUGGACCCAUCAUCUCGGCUUUUCGAUGGAGAGUUGGCAUCGUUUGCGCCAGUUGUGUUAGCUGAGACAAUGGACGCACACUGGGAUCAAUACUGUGAAGAAAAACAAGCCGGCGAAGAUGAAGAAAUGAAAGAGGACAUCCAAGAUCAAGAACGUGCUAAGAUAGCUAUGUACAAGAGAAUCGUUACCGGGGAUGCGAGUCAAGCUUGGCACGCGUUGUGCCGCAUGGGGCGUCCGAUGUGGUACAGCACUUGCCCCAAUCCUGCGGAUAGAGAAGAUGUGAUCAAUCUUGCGGCGAACAAGCUGCUACUGGGGAUUCCCCCUUCGCAAAAUGCGUACAACAAGGAUACCAUGUUUGGUGUCGCCUCCAUGCUUUGCCGUCUGGGCGUGCGCCCGCAUUCAACGUCGGCUCUGGCAUCUCGGUCGACUGCCGACUUCAUGGCGAUUCUCGCGUAUGUGAAUUUCAAACGAGAGGGUUACGUCACCAGCUACGCUUCGGACCCAGUGCUCGCCUUAGGAGCGAUGAAAGUGUGGUAUGAACUGAAAUAUGGUCUGGCAAAGUAUAUCCUGCCGCAACUCAAGAACCUCCUUUUGGAUGAAGCAUUAGACACCGGUGGAGUUGGCGAAAUUGGCGAGAUGGUUGCUCGGAUUUUGCUGCUUCUGGCGAUGGACACGUGUGUGAUGGGGGACAAAAGCUUUUCCCAGUGCUACCACACGAUCGGGCAAUUUGUACCGGUGCAGCAAUUCUUGAAGGUGCUACAAGGCAAGAAAAAGCUGCCGAUAUAUCUCGAGAGGAUGAUCAGCAUGGAGAAUUUGAGACCAGAAUUCAACAAGUGGUGCUCGAAGUGGGAUGGUUGGUACAUGGGGUUCACCCACUUUGUGCAGUUGCAGCUUGAGCCGAAUGAAGACACGCUUUGGUUUUUGCUGGGGCGUCAAGCUGCAGGUAUUUUCCCCCGUAACCAGUAUGGAGCCGAUUUGUUGAUCCCGAUGUUUAAGAAGAGAUCCAACAGCAGGCCAGAAGUGUUGAUGAUGUUGAUUCAAGUGAAGAAUCGUUCCCCAGUCGAUGGUGGGUUUUCCAGGGCAGCGACGGAGAAACUAUGCCCCUGGUUUGUGUUCGGAAAGAACAGUGAUGGGAACUCGUCAGCGGGGAAAUCUACUGAUGAAAUUGGUAGGGAUCCGAAACCGCUGGGUUCCACGGAUGUCCGUGAUACCAUUCGCAUCUACAUGAAUGUGCGCGGUCGGAAGAGUGACGGCAAGUUCAUCUAUGCCACGACAAUGAAAGACAAUCUUCCGAACAAUCCUGGCGUCUCAAGUGUGUCGAGUGUCUCGGAGGAGGAGCCUGUUUUCACGAUCUGCCUCCGUUUGCUCAACAGGGUCACCUACCCGUUCCUGAGCGACGGCGUGGCUUCCAUUCUAUCAAACAUGGUGGAGUCUCAGUAUGACCCGCUGGGGCUUGUGGAGGGCGACCUGGACUAUCGCGAUGAAGAUGAAAAACGGAACGAAGACGCUAGUUCGUAUGCAAAGUUGUCGCUUACCGCGAAGCGCGACAAGUUGUUGCAGAACGCCCGUAAAGCACUAGCGUACGCGCCGGGUGACAAGGAAGAAGAGUGA